GGUUUGUGCCAAGUGUGCUUUCGGCGCAAAUCGCUGUGAGUGGAAAAUAAAAUCCCAUUAUUUAAGAAUAAUUGGUCUAUGACCAAACCAGUUUCAUCACUCUCUCUCGCCUCGAUCCUAUAACCCAUCUUCGUUUGAAUCAAGAACAAAGUCUCCUCAUUCUCACUCUCUUACUCUCUGGGGGACACCAUUUUUGUUUUAUUUUUAUUUCCUUUCGUUUUUCUCUUUUGCGCCAUCACUCCCUUCUCUUGUGUGAACACAGUUCAGGCUUCUUCACUUUUCUUAAUUUGUUUGGUUCUUCAUUAUAGCAUUUCCCUUAUGGUUCAGAAGUACUUGUUGCACGAGCUACUUCAGGAGGAUCAAGAACCCUUUCUUCUAAACAAGUACAUUUCCGAUAGGCGAAGCCAGAUGAAACGGCCUUCCUCCAAUACCUCUUUGCAAGUCAAGAAACACAAAUCAACCAAUCCAACCCCAAGCUUCCCGGGGAAUUUCUGCAAAAGUGCUUGUCUUUUUUCCCUCACAGACACCCCUGAUUUCAGAAAAUCUCCACUCUUCGAAUUCGCUUCCGCAGCAAAAAGCCCUUGCAAAUCCCCCAACGCUAUUUUCCUUCACAUCCCUUCCCGAACCGCGUCUCUGCUUCUGGAAGCCGCUGUCAGGAUCCAGAAACACUCCUCACCCGCUUCACGGCCCAAAAUGAAAGCCCAAUCCUUCGGUCUCUUCGGUUCCCUCUACAAGAGACUCACGCAACGGGGCCAGAAGAAGCGCGAGAUAGAGGGUGCUGGAAGCGUCAAGGUUUCGGUUAAGGACAUUCUGAAGUGGGAUUCCUCUGUUGGGCGAAAAAAAGGUUCCAACAAGAAAGAGGAUGAAGAAACUGUGAAUGUGAAUGCAAAUGCGUGUGAAGUGGGGUUUGUGUGUUCUUACAAUGGUAGAACUAGUAGUGCUGUUUGGUCAGAGACCAACGCGGAUAAAUCCAUCAACAUGGAAACGUCUAGUAGCGGCUACUCCGACGAGAUUCACUUCAUAACCAAUUACACAAACUCCACCCGCUUCUCCGAAAGUCCGUUCCGUUUUGUUCUUCAAACUAGUUCUCCCUCCGACGGCCGCCACACGCCGGAGCUUACCUCGCCAAGUCGCCACGCAACUGAGGAGAAAGAAAGUAAUGGAGGCGAGAGUGUGAAGAAGUUCGAAUCAGGGGAAGAAGAGGAGGAAGACAAAGAACAGUGCAGUCCAGUGUGUGUGUUAGACCCACCGUUCGAGGACGAUGACGAAGGGCAUGGGAACGGUGAUGAAGGAGAGGAGGGUGGUUUUGAUUUGGAGUGCAGCUAUGCGAUUGUACAGAGAGCCAAGCAGCAGUUAUUGUACAAGCUUCGUAGAUUUGAGAAACUGGCAGAGUUGGAUCCGGUAGAACUUGAGAGAAGAAUGCAUGAUGAAGAAGACGAGGAGGAGGAUGAAUCAUUUAUGAAGGAAACAUUACGUAAAGAAAAUGACAGUAGAGAGGUGAUUUUGAAAGGUCUGUGGCAGUCAAGGGUGUAUGACAGACAGCAAAUCCCAGAUGAGUUUAAGAAGCUGGUAUCUGAUCUGAUUAUGGAAGAAGUGAGAGCACUUGAUGAGUUGGAAGAUAGGGAUAUGGUGAUAACAAGGAUAUGCAAGAGGUUGGAGUUGUGGAAAGAAGUGGAGUCGAACACAAUUGAUAUGAUGAUAGAAGAUGACUUCUCUAGGGAGGAUGGUGGGUGGAAGAAAAAUGUGGAGCAGAUAAGAAAUAUGGCUGGGGAGCUUGAGUGUGCUAUCUUCGGCUUUCUGCUGGAGGAAUUUUCAGAGGAACUAGUAUGCUAAUUGGGGGGAAAACUUAGUAUGAAUAAUUUAUCUUUAUUCUUUAGAGUACAGUCUGACUUGCAUGUAUUGGGUAUGAUAGGCUAGUAAUUGAAAAGGAAGAAAAAAAAAAGUAACCCAUAAAGAUAAUCAGGGUAUAUAUGUACAUGACUCGUGUUCGUAGCUGGUUGUGGGGAUGCUGUAAGUCACCUUUCUUAAUUUAAUAAUAUAGUCUCUUACAAUGACACUUUGUUUUUGGUGUUUUAGUUCAAUGAAGAAGGGAUAAACCUAAUGCGGUUUUAGAUGAUAAA